AUGGGAAAUGUGCGAUCGUUAUCAAGUAAAAUCGACGAGCUCUCAGCACUGGUACGGCGUCAGAGGGAAUACCGAGAGUGUAGCCUGAUGUGUUUCAUGGAUGAAUCAUGGAUGCACCAGGACAUUCCUGACGAGAAUGCUUCCGUGGAAGGCUUCCACACUGUUUGGGCGGACAGGGACAGCAUUGCUAGCGCUGCAUGUGACACUACCCACUCUGCCAUAGCCCGGUUACAGACUGAGCACCCGAGUGCCUUUAUUGUAAUCUCGGGUGACUUCAACCAUGUAUCACUGGACAAUACACCAACAUUCAGACAAUAUGUGGACUGUCCCACCAGGGGAGAGAAAAUUUUAGACCUACUGUAUGCUAAUGUCAAGAUGCAUACAGCUCCUCCUCCCUACCCCCACUUGCUGGGAGAGGCAGCGGCGGAGAAGCCGCGGGAUGAGUCGGAGGUGCCCGUGCUAGGGGAGUCCACGCCACCAAAGCCCGAGGCUGAACAGAGCGGCCUCACCUCCACCAGAGGCCAGUGUGUGGUGUGGUCCGGCGUGCUGGACGCCUGCCCAGCUGCCUAUGAGCCCAGGCUCAAUGACACGCCGGCUGCGCCGCUGCUUGCCACUGUCAUGGUGAUAUUGGUUCAUCCCAGUGAGGCAGUCACAGAGCUGCGCAGGAUGAACAUAGAGGAACCUGACCGGAUCUUCUUCAAGAGCCGGUUCCGCUCAAGCUUGUUCGCUAGAACGACCACGUGUAACGUAUGUUUACGUCCAACUGAGCAGCCUGUGUGUAACUACACUGACCUCCAUACAGGUGAGCCAUGGUUCUGCUACAAGCCAACAAAUCUGAGUUGUAAUGCCAGGAUCAGCAACUACAAUGGAGGAUAUAAAAAGAACCUGACAACUAUGGAGAAGCUUUUUCAGAGAGGUGUAAAUAUGAAAGUCUCCAUUCCGGCUUCAGGACCAGCCAGCGUCACCAUUUUGCCAAAACAGAAAGGUCAGUCAGAGGUGAGCAGCAGCAGUGGGGAGUCUGAACCCUCUGGCUAUUACUACCAGGGUGUGUGGCGAGCACUAGAUGGUUCCACAGUUCACCAGUUCAACACUUCCUCAGCCAUCACUCAGUGUCUGAAAGGAAAGGUGGUCCAUAUGUAUGGAGACUCCACAAUGAGGCAGUGGUUUGAGUACCUUAAUGCAUCACUACCAGAUCUAAAGGAGUUUAACCUGCAUAGCCCCAAGUCUAUCGGACCUUUAAUGGCGCUGGACUAUGCAAACAAUAUCUUUGUGACGCACCGCGCCCACGGUCCUCCUCUGCGUACUGUCAGUGUCCCCUCCAUGGAGCUGCAUUAUAUUGCCAAUGAGCUGGACAAUGUGGUUGGAGGUAGUAACACUGUAGUAGUUUUUGGCAUCUGGGCACACUUUGACAAUUUCCCUAUUGAGUUCUACAUCCGCAGACUGAUGUCCAUUCGCAGGGCAGUGGUAAGGCUACUGUCCAGAGCUCCAGGCACUGUGGUUGUCAUUCGGACUGGAAAUCCCAAAUCUUUUACACCCUCUGGUGCAUUUGUCAACAGCGACUGGUACACUUUUCAGCGGCUAAAGGCACUCAGGGCUGUGUUCAAAGGCUUCAAUGUCCAUCUGGUCGAUGCCUGGGAGAUGGUUCUGGCCCACCACCUGCCACACAACAUGCACCCACAACCUCCAAUCAUCAAGAACAUGAUUAAUGUUCUUUUAUCCUAC